AUGGCUCAGUAUUACAACCUAACCUUCGUCUUCCUGCUCACAUUUCUCUGCUUUAUGCAUGAGCACAUAAUAACCACUGCAAAUGCGCGUCACCUUUUAGAGAUGUUUCUCACUGAAAUUCCUAAACGAGAAUUCCCGAAAGUUCCAACCUUGCAAAAGCCCGAGUUUCCAAGUGUGUCAAAGCCCGAGCUUCCAUCUUGGAAAACGCUUGCGGUCCCAGCUGUGCCAAAGCCCAAACUUCCAUCUUGGCCAAAGCCUGAGGUUCCAGUUGCACCAAAGCCCGAGCUUCCAUCGUGGCCAAAGCCUGAGGUCCCAGCUGUGAAGCCCGAGCUUCCAUCUUGGCCAAAGCCUCAGGUCCCAGCUGCGCCGAAGCUCGAGCUUCCAUCUUGGCCAAAGCCUCAGGUCCUAACUGCACCGAAGCCCGAGUUUCCAUCUUGGCCAAAGCCUGAUAUUCCAGUUGUGUCGAAGCCCGAGCUUCCAUCUUGGAAAAAUCCUGAGGUCCCAGCUGCACCAAAGCCGGAGUUUUCGUCUUGGCCAAAGCCUGAGGUCCUAGCAACGCCGAAGCCCGAGUUUCCAUCUUGGCCAAAUCCUAAGGUCCCAGCUGCGCCAAAGCCCGAGUUUCCAUCUUGGCCAAAGCCAGAGGUCCCAGCUGCACCAAAACCAGAAUUUCCAUCUUGGCCAAAGCCUCAGGUCCCAGUUGCACCGAAGCCCGAGUUUCCAUCAUGGCCAAAGCCUAAAGUCCCAGCUGCGCCGAAGCCCCAGCUUCCAUCUUAG